CCGGGAGAGGAGAGACUGAGCGGGGAGCGACUGGGAGAGUUGUUGUUGUUUUGUGGGACACCUUGAUUGUUUUUUUGGCGUGGUUACGACCGACAGUAACCGACUGUUCUACAAUAAAUGAAGGUUACACAAAGUUGGGUGUGUCAGGACGCAGAGCAGCGACCGAACCUUUGACUUUCCCCGCUCAGAUGUCCUGAUGUGACGGAGCAGUACGCAGAUGGAGCUUUGUUUUAUUUGCCCUCACACGCUUCCUGGUGUGAUUUUUUCCAGUCGGUCAGUAAAUCUCACUUCAUUUGCCAACAGUCAAAUGGUUUGCGGGGAGGCAGCUGACUUGUUGAUUUAAGGGUGUCUGCAAGUCAAAUGAUUGCUCUGACACGCAGAGCCGCCUGAGAAGUUCAGCUGGAUGCUGGAGGCUCCUGCAGCGCGGCACAAGAGACAGCAAAACAAGGCGUGAGGGCAGGUGAAGACAGAAACCUGAUGAAGAUGACGAUGAUGCAGCAGGGCCUCUCAGGACUCCUUCUCCUCCUCCUCCUCCUCAGCAGCUGUGCGUCGGGACUCGAAUCCGUGGUGAGGAAAGACUACAGGUACUUCGCCAAUCAGCGCACCUGGAAGAAAGCUCAAAGCAUCUGCAGGAGGUACUACACUGACUUAGCCACCAUCUACACACAGUCAGACACAGAGCUUAUGAACAUGAAUGAGUAUUUUGCAUGGAUCGGCCUGCACCGGCCAGCCAACUUCUCCACAUCCUCCAACUGGCUUUGGUCUGAUGGAUGGAACAACUUUAUAAACCGCUGGGCCCAAGACGAGCCAGGCGACGGUGAAAGCUGUGCCUUCAUCAGUUCAUACAACGACAGGUUUUAUGGCGCCAGCUGUGAAAAAUAUUUCUUCUUCAUCUGUGAAAAGGACAGAGAAAACAAUCCGCGCUACUCAUUCUCAUUUAUACCACAACCAAAGACGUGGUCUGAAGCUCAGCAGUACUGCAGGGACCAGCUUGAUGAUCUAGUGACUAUCAAACACUCCUUCAACCUGGACUCUGAUGUCCGACACAAUGGCUUUCCAGUCUGGACAGGACUGCACAAAGAUGGACAAACGUGGAAGUGGAGCAGAGGGUUGUCGGAUUACAGGAAGUGGGCAUCGGGUGAGCCAGGGAACAACAGCGACAACAACUGUGUCUCCAUCUCCUCUUUCAGCAAAGAGAUGGCCACCCAGAACUGCUCAGCUCGGUUUCCCUUCGUCUGCUUCAGGGACAACCUGGUCCUGGUGAAGGAGAAGAAGACCUGGGAGGAGGCGCUGGAGCACUGCAGAGCCCUGCAGUACGAACUGGUCAGCGUGCAGCCUGGAACAGACCACAGCUACGUAAUGAGAAAGGUCAUGGAGGCCAACACCGAGAAGGUGUGGGCAGGCCUCCGUUUCCUGGCCGGUCGUUGGCUGUGGGUGAACAAGGCGAGCAUGUUGUACUCUGGUCUGCCCCACUGCCCCUUGGAGCGGCAGCACUGUGGAGCUUUGUCCAAGAGUGACUCGGGCAGUUUGGAGACCAUAGACUGCUUGGAGAAACUCAACUUCCUGUGUUACAGCACAACAUAAUCGCAUCAGCACCCUCAUCUUCAUCAGGGUGGUCACAACCAGGUGGAGUUAAUGUUCACAUGCUGUUCGGCUUCUUCAGGUGGUAGAUUUACAACUGUGUGAACGGGCUCCAAACAUGUUAAUAUCAUGAAGAUGAUAAUAUAAUACAACGGAAUAUAAAACUAGAUAGAUAGAUAGAUAGAUACUUUACUGAUCCUGAGGGAAAUUCAAGCAUCCAGUAGCCCAUUACAGCAGUGUAGGUUAGUCAGAAAGUAAACAACCAAACAAGGCCUAACUGUUAGUGGGAA